AUGGUUUCAAACAAUGCUGUUCCGAUGAAGUUAGAAAGUUCUGACAGAAGAUAUGUAGUUGUCAGAACGUCAGAUUCUCAUAUGCAAGAUACAGAAUAUUUUGACGACUUAGCAGAAACUUUGACAUCUGACUUUUACAACCACUUGUUCUCAUAUUUCAUGACAUUAGAUAUUUCUAAGUUCAAUCCAAGACAAAUUCCACAUACCGAAGAGAGACAAACAUUGUUAGAAGCAAACAAGAGUGUAUAUGAACUGUUCAUAGAUGAAACUGACUUUGAGUGUUUAGAUGAAAGGUCAUUGUACGAUUCGUAUAAACAAUAUUGUCAAGAAUAUGGUUAUAUGACAGCGUCUAAACGAACAUUCUUGGCAAAUGUCAAAAGUCUUUUAGACGAACAGAAUGGUGUAUAUACAAAGAAAAAUUUUUCUGAGUAA